AAAAACAGGAAAUAAAAAAAAAAAGGUAGAGGCCAAACCUUCUCUGGUUCCUGAAACUUUGUAUGAUCAGAGGGGUUGUGGCCUCGGAUUCUUCAAUAAUAAGAAAAAGAUGAUUUUCUCGAUACCCAAUUGAACAAUGAACCAAUUUGGUUGAAUCGGUUAUCUGUCGGCCUUUCUUGACAAAUCGUCGAGUUUCCCCUGAAAAUCUGGAGCUUCCUGAUCUGUGGAGCUUCUGGGUUCGUCGAUGGGGGCUGCAUUCUGUUGAAUCAUUGAUCAGAGUAUGGUUUUGUAACAGAGCAGUGGCUGUGUGUCAUGCUAUAAAGAUCCCAGUUUGAGUACUGCUCUGAACGAGCCGACAUCCCGAGCAGUCAAGAGACCGAGUUUAUUGGAAGAUUUCUGGUCGGCAAGCACGUUUGAUAUGGACAACAGCACGUUUCCAUCUCAGGGGAGCAUUUCAUCAAUCAGCGCAUCCAACCAGAACUUUGAUUCUCAAGCCGGAGCCAGAAGUUCAAGGUUUCCGACUGAAUUCGUAAAUGACGGUCUUCUUCUUUGGAAUCAAACCCGGGAGCGUUGGGUUGGGAAGGAAAGACACGAUAACCGAGUGAAUCACAAUCGAGAACCUAAACUGAAAGCAUUGGUUGUGUCAGCAAUGGCUAAACUAUGCUGGAUUUGCAGUUGGAAUCCGUCGUACGAUAGCUUGCUCGGAAGCAACAAGCCAUUUCCUCAGCCCCUCCCUCUCUCUGAAAUGGUUGAGUUCUUGGUGGACAUUUGGGAACAGGAAGGUUUAUAUGACUGAAGCCAUUAACGAAACGUUUUCGAAGGACACGAGAUUGGCCUGUCGGUGUGAAGACACAACACACACACACACACAUAUAUAUGCGUCUUUUUUUUUUCCUGUGAAAAGGUAACAUCUCCUGUGUACUCUCCAUCUUCGACUUCAAUUGGUAAUGAUCGAGAAAACUGCAGUUGGGAUCUAA